AUGGAAAAGAAAAAAAUCUUUUUACCAAAAAAUGUUACUUUGCCUUGUAAAUUAAAAUGGACGGUAGAUAAUAAUUCAGUAGUUAGUUUUAAUCAAAUAAUUGCUUUUAUUAUUGAAAGCAAGAAUGAAUUCUUUGAUUCACAUAACUGUAAUAAUUUAUGUAAUAAAAAUGAUCCAUUAAAUGAUAAAAGUAUUUAUUUAAAAGAUGAAACCAAUAAUUCAAGUGAUGAAAGCAACUACAUAAAAAAUCAAAAUAAUUUAAAUGAAAAAAAUCCUCAUUUAAGUGAUGUAAUUAAUAAUAUAAAUGAUGAAAAUGAUGACAUCAAAAAUGAAACAAAUACAAAUAAUAGAGAUAAUAAUACCAAUAGUAACCUUAAUAAUAUAAAAGAUGAAAAACAAAUGAUAAAUAAUAAAAAAUUAAAUGAAAAAAAAAAUGUUAUAAAUUUUAUUUUAAAUAAUAGAAAGAAUUAUGAAAUAAAAAAUAACUAUAUUGCAUUACGAAGCAAUAGUCAUGGAAGAAUAACUAUUAUAAAAAAUGAUUUUAAUUUAGAAAAAGAAGAAUAUAUAUAUAUUAAUGAUCCUAAUGAAGUAUUAUGUGAAAUUAGUGAUACCAAAUGUAAUCAUGAAAUAAUUUUUUCUGGUUUAUGCACAAAUUGUCUUUUAAGUCAAGAAGAGAUAAAUAAAAAUAAGGAGGAACAAAAAUAUUUUUUAUCACCUGGUUUUUUAACAAACGAAAAUGAGUUAUUUAUAAAUUCAGAUAAGGCUAUAGAUUUAGAAAAAGAAAGAAUUAGAAAUGUAAUUGAAAAUAAAAAACUUUGUUUAGUUUUAGAUUUAGAUAAUACAUUAUUGCAUGCAUCCUUUUUUCUUUUGUCGGUAAAUAUGAACUGUCGAAUAAUAAAUAUAACAACGGAUCUUGAUAAAAAUUUAGAGGAAGAAAUGAAUUAUUUAGAAGAGCUAAAUAACCAAUUGUAUAAUGUAAAUAACACUAAAUGUGAUUUUAAUAAAGAGACAUUAGUUCAUGAAAUCUCUAAUAGUGAAAAAGACGUUUAUCUUGGAAAAAAAAAUGAUAUAAAUAGAGAUGACAUUACAAAUAAUGAUACAGAUGCAAGUAUUAAUAAUAAUAUACAACAUAGUAAUAAUCUAAAUUCUAAUAAUAAAGAAAAUGACAAUAAUAGUAAAAUAAAUUUUUUAUAUAAUGAUAUAAAAAUUAAUGGAAAAGUUAAUGAGGAUUAUUUAUAUUUUAUACUUCAAAGAAAAAAAAAUGAUAUGGAAUAUAAUAUGAAGCAUCAAGAUAUAAAAUCUAGUUACGAUAAUUAUUGUAAUUUUUUAGAAAAGAUUAAUACAAUAAAUCUAUUAAAACAUAAUGGAAAGUUCAUACAUUAUGAAAAUUUAAAUGACAAAAAUAUUAAAAAAAAAGUUGAAAAAUUAGAACUGUCAGUGUUAAAAACUAAUGUAAAAUAUCAAAAAGGAUCUUAUACAAUAUAUUAUAAAUUAAGACCAGGAGUUAUUCAAUUUUUACAAAAGAUGAAUGAAAAAUUUGAAUUGUAUUUAUAUACAAUGGGAACAUUAGAACAUGCUAAAUCUUGUUUAUUUUUAUUAGAUCCACAGAAAAAAUUUUUUGGAAAUAGGAUAUUUUCAAGAAAAGAUAGUGUUGAUGGUUUAAAACAUAUGGAUAGAAUUCUACCAACUUAUCGAAGUGUUUCAAUAUGUAUUGAUGAUAGUGAUUAUAUAUGGAAAGAGAGCAGUUCUUGUAUAAAGGUCCAUGGUUAUAAUUUUUUUCCUGAAAUAAAUUUUUUAGAAGAUAUUAAAAGAAAACCUUAUUUUUUAACAAAAUUUUUUUCUUUAGCUCAAUCUUAUUUAAAUUUUUCAAAUACACUUUAUAGAUUUAUUAAUUUUAAGUGUAAUGAAUAUGAACAAUUGAAGGCAACACGAAAAGAUAAUAUUCUUUACAAUUAUUUAAAUUUGAAUAAUUCUUUUAAUAAUUCUAAAAAUACAAGAAAUACUUUAAAUAUUAGUAUGGAAUUCGAACAAAAUUACUCCAAAGAUGUAAAUAAUGAUAAACAAAGCUUCCAUAAAAAUGAAGGAUUAAAUUCAAAUAAGGCCAUUUUAACUAAUGAAAUUAAUGAAGAUAAUUUUAAUGAAGAAAAAGAAAAAAAAAAAAACAAUGAAAAUGAGAAUUUUUUAAUUUUAGAAAAUUACAAUUCUAUAAAUGUGAAUGAUAAUGAAUCAAUUGAAUCAAGUGAAGAUAAUUUCAUUGAUUUAGAUAAGGAAUUUGAGACAGAUAGUGAAAAUGAAAUUGAAUUAGAUCCCAAAUUAUUUAACUCCUGUCAGUUAAAUAUAUUCAAUGACUCAGAAGAUUUUAAUAAAACACAUGAUAGCGAAAAUAUAAAAGAAGAAAUAGGUAAACAAAAUAAUGAUGAAGAUAUAAAUACAUUAAUAGAUGAAAAUAAAAAUGAUAAAGGUAAUAUUGAAAAUUCAUAUAACGAUUAUGAAAAUAAUAUACAUGAUAAAAAAUUACAUAUAAUUAACUUAAGGGAAAAGGAAAAUAAUCCCUCUUUAUUAAAUAAUAUUAAUGAUGUGAUUAAUCAAAAGGAAGAUAAUAAUUAUUAUUACACUGUUUUAAAUUAUGAGACAACAGAAAAGAAAUUCAAGGAAUUUCUCUGUUUAAAUAAUACUACAUAUCAAAAUAGAAUACCCAAUGAAAUGGAAAAUAUUUUACACAAAGAAAUCAAGGAAGAAAAAAACGAAGAAACAAAAAAAAAUAGUUGUAUAGAAGAAAAAAAGGAUUAUUUACAAAGCGAAAAUUUUUUAAAAAAGGAAGAGAAUACAGUACAUUUGGAGAAGAUAGAAAAUUCAAAUUGUCAUGAAAAUGAGAAUUUUAUUCAAAUCAAAGAAAAUGAAAUUAAUGAAAAUAAGAAUUCAAAUUUAUUACUUUUUAAAAAUAUAUCUUCAGAUAAGCAAAGUAUUAAUAAUAUCAAUAACUCGUCAAACAUUAGUUUACCAAAAAUUCAUAAAGAUAUUGAUAAAAAUCAAAAUAAAAAAAAAAAAAAAAUGAAUAAAAAGAAAAAUAUUAAAAAUAAAAACUUAUUAAAUGAUGAUGAAACAUCUUAUAAUAUUAUCCCAUUUUCUACAUUAAAAACAGAAGAAAAAUAUAUUUAUUUUGAAGACGAAAUUAUUUUCAAAUUUAUAUCGGAAAAAAAUUAUAGAAAGUAUGAUAAAUAUGUAGUAGAAUUUUUAAAUAAUUAUUUUGAAGAAGAAUUUAAAAAAAGAAAUAAAGAAACAGAAAAAAUUAAUGAAAUAAAUAUAAAAAAAAUAGAAUUAGAUAAAAAUUAUGAUAAUGUUAUAAAUGAAAAAAAAAAAAAUUUUAAUAAAUUCAAUGUUCUGAAUAAUACAAAUAAAAUAGGAAAGAAAGUAAAAAAAAUAAAAGUGAAAAGAUUUUUGCAGUUUCAAAAUUUAAGUAAAAAUAAAAUUUUCAACCAAAAAAAAAAAAAAGUAAUUAAAAAUUGUUUUAAAUUAAGAAAUGAGAAAUUAUAUAAUCGAAUAAAAACAACAAAUAAAAAUGAAUAUUAUGAAAAUUUUUUUAUACCAAAGAAUUUAAAAGAACCAAAAUUUAAAGAUAACGAUAAACAAUUAUAUUAUUUAGCAACCAUAUUAGAAGAAAUACAUAAUAUUUUUUAUAAAAUUCUAGAACAUUUCAAAACUUAUAAAAUAAAUGAAGAAAAUGAAGAGAAUAAAAUAUAUAAUUAUUUUUUAAGAUAUCCAAUAGUAAGAACAAUACUAAUAGAAUUUAGAAAACAAGUUCUAAAAGAUUGUAUUUUUAAUAUAUCUUUAUUAUCUGAUGAUAUAAAGAGAAGUGACUUUAUUGAUCAAAUACUAAAAUUAGGUGGAGUCAUAAAUAAUAAAAAUUACACUCAUUUGCUAUCAAUAAAUAAUUUAGUAAAAAAUGAGAAUAUGAAUAAUGUUAAAAUUCCUAAUUUGAUGUGGAUAGAGAGAGCUUUAUAUACAUGGAAAAAUAUUGAUACAAAAUAUUAUGAUGCCAAUAAUUGGAAAAAAAUUCACAGAAACUUUUGGGAUGUUAUUGAAUAUGAAGAAAAAGAAAACAUAAUAAAAUAA